CCCACUUGUGGAACUUGGUAAAUGUUCUAAGGUAAUGUUGCUCGGUCAAUAAUCUGUCGUUGAUAAUCUGUUCUAAGAUAAUACUGUUAUGAUCUAGCUAGUUUUCCUCAUUUAUAUUUUUGACUUGGCUAGUUUUGGUUUUUAUUUUUAUUUUUAUUUUUCUAGGCCUUAUUUUCCGAAAAAGGCCCUGAUAAAUUAAAAGGAAUAUUUUUUUUUGGUUUAAUUAAAACGAAUAUUUUGUUUACAUGGAAAUGAUUCUAGGGUUUUCCCAAGGUAUAUAAUUGCUGCCUAAGUUAAGUUGUUUAUCGCUUGCGCAGACACUGCUUUGAGGCUUUCUCAAUUUGUAGGGGUUUCAACAAUCUGAACAAUGGCGGAUGCAGUUCCUGCGGCUGGGAUCGUGAAAAAGAGAACGUUCAAGAAGUUCUCUUACAAAGGUGUCGAUCUCGAUGCUCUUCUCGACAUGUCUACCGAUGAUCUUGUCAAGCUCUUCAGUUCCCGUAUUCGCAGAAGGUUCUCUAGAGGGUUGACGAGGAAGCCUAUGGCUUUGAUCAAAAAAUUGCGCAAAGCGAAAAGGGAUGCACCAGCUGGUGAGAAGCCAGAAGCAGUGAGAACACACCUAAGGAACAUGAUCAUCGUGCCGGAAAUGAUUGGAAGUGUCAUUGGUGUAUACAACGGAAAGACAUUUAACCAAGUCGAGAUCAAACCCGAGAUGAUUGGUCAUUACUUGGCUGAGUUUUCGAUCUCAUAUAAGCCUGUUAAGCACGGUAGGCCUGGUGUUGGCGCCACUAACUCCUCCAGGUUUAUCCCUCUCAAGUGAAGAAUCUACUCUACUUUUGCUUCUUUGCUCUGGUUUUUUUUUCUUUACUAUGUUAUGUCUUUUGUUUCUUUGCUCUACUUUAGAUUUGGUCUAAAAACAUCUUCAUGCGUUUAAAUAAUAGAGAGCGUUUUUCUGAAUA